AUGCAACCUCUGAACCUCACGCCGCUGCAGUCGAGACUGCUCAAAUACGUCGUCUCCACCUGCCUCUGCCUCACACUAUGGGCUUCGCUCACUCCGCGCCACGGCGCAUACGCUACCGAACUGCCCCUCGCUCUACACCAUGACCCCCUCAGUCAGCUCGAGCUGCAUGCGCUUCCUAGUGGAGAUCUGGUGCCCAUUGAGGAUGAUAAUGAGGCUAUGGACAACACUGGGAGCGACGGCUAUGUGCCGGACUUUGCCCUCUUCGAUCGAAGUCUCGUGGGACGGCAAGAGCCGGAAGUAAAUAAGCUGGCAAACAAUCAGAAGAAGGUCAUGCCUAUCACACCUGGGGAAGUACUUUACUUCGUUCUUGAGAAACGGAAGCCGCGCAUCAUACGGACAGAUGAAGAUACUUUAGAAGCGCUGGACGCACGAGGAGGAGACAAUGUAUCUGGAGAAGAGGCGGCAGGGCCCGAAAGCGACGGCCCUGAUGAUAAUGAAGAACCCAACGAGCUAAGAAAACGACAAGCUGGAAGUCGCGUCUGGAUAUCAACCAAUACGUGUCGUCAACCCGUGCCCAACGUUAACGACAAUGGAACGACCGCCGCUACAAACCCGCCGCAACUCGUCAUGUACGUCUCGACAUCGACUCAGAAUCAGAAGCCGGGCCCUAAUGCCACCGAUCAUCUUGCUACAAAUUCAACUGGGGUCGUUUUCGACCAUGGCUAUACAGGCUUUGAAGUCCAGGCCAAUGCCGACGUGUACAUUGGUAUUGCGGCACCCAAACUUGAUAAAGACUGGUUCGGAAGUUGGGAGUUCGAAGUUGCUGUAAGCACGGAUGGGCUGUUUCAUUCCCAUAACAAUACGACCCCCUUCCUUUACAUGAUCGACACCGACAGCGAGUCGGCCCUGUUCAUUAGUUUCGAGUUCGGCGCAUCGAACGCGACUGAAGAAGUCGAGGGGUGGCGCGAGCAUAACCCCUUCAACAUGUACGCGUUUCAAGCUGGGGACCGGACGCCCAUCACUGGCAUGGAGCACUCCUAUUGCGCGCUAAAAGAGCAGUUCAAUUCGAACUCGACUAAAGACUUCACUAUCUCAAAAAAUGUCACGAUGAGAUAUGGAGGCCGUCUUCCUAACAGUCAGUUUCAUGUCCAAGAUCUCGAUACAGCGACAACGUACAAUGCUUUCGUGGUUGUGGAAGGGACUCAAGACGGCUUAGAGCUACCAGGCGUUGGAAAAGUGAGGGGCGGUGGCAAGGUGUUUCAACAGAUCGUCUUCACCACCAAAGCAGACGAUUCCUGCCAAGUCAUCUUCGACCUCGACUUCUGCGACUCCGUCGCCUACGCCGUCCCAUCGUCUUCGACGUUCAAACUCAAUGACACCGGUCUCAAAGAGCUCUACGACAAUCAAGCGCGCUCGUACUACCAAAAUUUCUCGAGAUCGCUUGCGCAAAUCGCGUGCGACACCACCGCCGAGGCACAGUACUCUCUAGCCCGAAAUUGCACAGACUGCGAAAACGACUAUAAAAGCUGGCUUUGCACCGUUGCCAUUCCCCGCUGCGAAGAUUGGACCGCAAAUGGGACCUGGCUCCAACCCCGCAACAUCAACGCCCCAUUCCCAAACGGGACCCUUACUUUCGACAACAACGUUACAAAGGAGUUCAACGAAACGCACCGCGAUCGCUUCGCCUACAGUAAAUCGCGCAAUCCCAUGAUUGACGAGCUUAUCAAACCCGGUCCGUACAAGGAGAUGAAGCCCUGCCAGGACUUGUGUUUUGAUAUCGUCAGAAGCUGUCCUGCGAAAUUGAACUUUGCGUGUCCGAUUGGCCCUGCGGUGGACCACAGUUAUGGGAGGAGGGAUCCAUCGGGCGACACAUUGACGUGUAACUUCCCUGGAGCGGUGGUCAAACUGAAUGUGAAAGCAGAGGCGGGCGCAUUCCGUUACAAUAUCAAAAACGUCGUCAUGGUCGCUUCUCUUGUUGCGACGAUGCUGCUUUGGUUGUAA